UGAGGCGCCAAAAUUGACUGGGUUGAGGAGGGCGGGGAAUACGAUCGGCCAAUGAGAGAAGUUCCCUCCGACUAAUUUGAACGGAGCGAAGAGCUUGGCCAAUCAAGGUUGACGUCCCUGGUGCCUAGCCUGUCAGCAGCGAGCGUGUUGGUGGUCUCACUUUUUCGGGUCACCUUUCUUGCACCGACAAAAGAAGCAGGAGAGAAAGAUAGGUAUGAUGAAGAAUUAGGUGGGGGCUGGUACAUUGAUGGAAAAGCAGUUCCCAUUAGGUUGCUGAGGGAGUAGAAGUUCUCGGGUGCUUGCUGUAAAGGGGCAAACUAAGGUUGCGGAUUUUGGGCAGAAUGGAUUCUAAAGGGAGACUCGUCUACAGUGAAUAACUUGGUGGAGUGAUCCCAUCACCUAAUAAAGGAGUUGGUGAGAAUCGAAAAGAAGGCUCCAAGAAAAUUGAGCAAGGCUGCAAAAAAUUUUUUUUUCUCCUGCGGUGGACUGUCUUUCCAGGUUUCAGAAUGGCCAGCAUUCAGUCAACACUAUUAAAAGUAUUUGAAGAACUGUCAGAUGAGGAGUAUGCCAAACUUUUGUUUUUUCUGGAAGAAAUCCCUGAGAAAAUAAAAAUUCCAAGAGGAAAUCUGAAAAACAAAUCAAAAGUGGAGCUUGUACAAACAGUAGUUGGUUACUAUGACAAACAGGCGGUCAAGAUUGUGACAGAAGUAUUGUCAGAGUUACCUCGCCGGGAUCUUCUUCCGAUCAAAGUCAGGUGCAACAAGCAGGAAGGAACGUGCAAACAGACAAUUGGCAUUAAAACAAGAGGUCCAUUAAAACGCAAAAAUGCACAAGAUUUACAGCAAAUGUCAAGCACAAAGAAAGGAAAAACUGAAUCCAAAGUAAAGGUGGUCAAAGGUACCAAAACAUCAUUACGUCGUCUGGCCCUAUUACAGCAAAAGUCAAGGGCAAAGAAUCAAAACAUUACCCCAGCAGUAAAGAAACCUGGAGCUCAGAUCAUAACUUUAAAGGAACUGAAAGCACUGCAGUUAAAUGAAAAGGAUGUUCAGAAAAAUCUGAUUGCCAAAGGGAAGAUUAUUGAGAAGUUGACCCACAAUUACAUAAAUGCCAAAAAAAAGAAAAUGAAGGUUUUCCAUGCAACAAUAGCGGAUGAAACCGACACCAUCCAAGUAAAGGUGUAUAACAGAGAACAGACGGAAUUUUGUAAAGGCAACAAUGUUCACAUCACUGAUUUUAGGUUUUCAGAUGGGGUGAUGACCGUAACAAAAGUCUCGCAAAUCACCAAGCUGGCGAAAGGUAUGAUCAAGCCAUUAGAAGAUGUACCAGUCCUGAGUGUGAGAGAAAUCAAACAAAAACCUGAAGGAACAUUUGUAAGCGGAUGUUUCAAGAUCAUAAAGGUUUCAAAUGCACCCAAAAAAAAAGAUGCAUUUCCACUUUAUAUCACUGUAGCAGAUCACUCAGAUAAAAUUAAUGUUAUCAUAUUCAAUCCAUCAAAAACAUUGACCUGUGAGACAGGAAAAGAACUGAAGAUGAUGGGUGUUAAGGUGAACGUGUACAAAAAUGAGAAACAGCUUCUGCAUCAAUGUGACAGUUAUUUGAAGGUGCUGUGACGGAUUUCAGCUUGACUUCUGAAAGAACGUGUUCCUCAUUUUGCAAGCCUUCAUUUGAGGGAACUUCAAGUUGGAUCAACUUGCAUUGUAAAAUGUUUUUCUGGUCUGAGUUUUUACUCGAAGCAAGAACACAAGAGGAGGGCCUCAUUCAGUCUCUCUAGCCUACUUUGCCAUUUAAUAAGACCAUGGCUGAUAUGACCGUGGUCUAAACUCCACUUUCCUGUCUGACCUUGUCUCCUUUAUCAAGCAAAACUUUGUCCAACACAACCCUGAAUAUAUUCAAUAACUCAGCGUCCACUGCAAGUGGGAAAGAGAAUGCCAAAAGCCCUCUUAGAGAAAGCAUAUCCAUCUGUGUGUCCUCACCCUAGACCCCCUUACAAGUGGGAACAUCCUCUCAGCCUCCAGUCAAGUCUCCUCAGGAUCUUUAAGUGCUUCAGUAAGAUCAAUUCUCAUUCUAUCAAACAGCAGUGGACAUUGACCCAACCUGCUCAACCUAUUCUUAUAAACUAACCCCUUCUUCAGGUUGUCUGUUUGUUCGCUGAGCUGGUGGGUUUGUUCUCAGAUGUUUCAUCACCAUGCUAGGCAAUAGCAUUAGCAAGCCUCCAGUGAAGUAUUUGUGUCCAGUCACACUUGCCUGACAUCUCAGUCCAAUUACACCGGCACCACUCCCCACCUCUUCCUCCGCUACAUUGAUGACUGCAUUGGCGCCACCUCGUGCUCCCG